AUGCGCGGGAGUGGGGGGGGCGGGCGGGGCCCAGGGCGUCUUCCGGGGGGGAGGGGCGGCGAGGCGCGGCCGGGCGGGCACGUGGGGCCCCUGCGUCCCCGGCGGCCCGGGCGCCUCGUCCCCACCCCCACCCUGGCCUCCGGCCGGGGGCCGCGUCCGGUGGCGCGGAAAGACUGGAGACGGCCCCGGCCCGGCGUGCGCACGCCCGGGGCGGCCGCGAUGGCGGCGCGGGGCCCGGGUCAGGGCCGCGCGCGGAAUGGCGUCUCUUUACAUAACGCUUUGUUUGCACUUCGUCGUCUCCGGGAAGCCCCACCUCCUGCCCCUGCGCCGCCUCCCGCGGCGGCCUCUCUAGACGUUAGAGCACUAAUGCGCGCUGACCGGGGGCCGCCGGGGCCCGCACGUCCGCGCCCGCCCGGGCCACGCUCUCCAGGCCGCCGGCCCUCGGCGCCGCCGCCGCCAUCUUGCGAGGCCUCCCUGCCUGAGUCCCUCCCGCCAGGAAAUGGCCCCGGAGCCUCUGCAGGGCGAGUUAGGGUGUCCCGGCCUUCGCCCUGCCCCGCGGGCCUCGCCGGACGAGAGGAGGUUGUGCGGACGUGUUUAGACCCUCAGGGGAAGGGCCAGCGUGGCCCCCCUCCGCCGCCCCCUUGCAUUCCCACAGCGGGGAGGGCUGGCAGCCAUGUUUCCCGACAAAAUGGCGACACGUGUCGCCGACGCGAAACUGGGGUGGGUCCGAAAGCUCUAGAACGUGCGUCUCAGCAUUCUCAGGCCGUCCCCAGGUUCUUUCGGGAUGAGACGGCGGGCCGCUUGGACGUUGGUUGGCAGAGACUCGGGCUCUCCACCUCCCUCGUUGGGCAUGUGCAUAAAAUGCAGGCCUAACGCUGCCUUUUUUUUUUUUUUUUUUUUUUUUGAGUAAUGGCAGGCGGGGGUGUGUGCAGUACCUAGCUAAGUAUCCAAGCGUCUAGAAACCUGUUUUUCUAGAUCUUGUCCAGGUUGUGGUGGUAACUGAUUAAAGAUUUUAUAGCUAAAACCAUGAGGCUGCCUGUGUCUCACUAUUCAGCUGUCCGGUGAUCCGCAAGUUCGAAGUUAUGCCCUCUAAUAGAGUCAAAAGGAACCGCCGGUGGUUUUGGAUUUGCCAAUCCAGAUUCUAUUCUAAACAUUUCACUGCAAUCUUUUCUUUUUUUAAUCACAGUCCCCAGACUGCAGUGGGUAUUUAUUUCUCUCUCUUUUUCCCCCCAGCAGAGUAAGACAAACCCAGAAAGGUGAAGUGACUGAUUUAAGGUCACUCAGUAUGGAGAAUUUGGAAUCCAUAAACAUCUGAUUUCCUUACUGAUCCACACUCCAUGUUCUGAGGAGCCGCCUGUGAAGUUACUGAGAUAAUGGAGCAAUGGACUGGAUAGUCCCCUGUAUAUCAUCCAUGAUUCCUCUCAAAUUCAAGUGACCACAGACUGGUUAAGGGACUUAACGAAUCUGGGAAGGAUUGGUCGGACACUGUGUGCUGGGGAGAAGCUCGGGUCCCCGUGGCCUCUUCCGUGUGAUGUGUCAGUCUUGCUUCCUGCAAGCAUGGAGCUCAAGAGGAAGAAUAAGGAGCUGAAUGGCCUGGCUUCAUACCCUAGGGAUCUUCCUGGGACCUGUCUUCCUCAUCCUGUCCAGAUUGCUUGAUGGUUGCCUUCACCUUCCUCGGACUCCAUUUCACCCUUCAGCAGCCUGGUUUCUGGGAAGAGGAGCAUGGGGACUGUGAAAUGACUUGAAGGGUUUGCCUUCGCUGUCCGGCUGGAGAAAUGUUAAGAGUGUUUGCUGCUCUUCCAGAGAACCAGAAUUCAGUUCCCAGCAUCCAUACCCAGUGGUUCCAAGGAAUUCAACUUCUUUUUCUUAGCUUCCUCAAUCACCCACACACAUGUGACUUACACACACACACACACACACAAAUAAAAGAGAUAUUAAAAACAA